AUAUAUUAGACCGGUUGUCAAAGUCAAGUGUUCUCUGUGCCACACUUUAACACAAUUUAAAUCGAUUCAAUCUUGUUGAUUACAUUGUCAAUCAUUUAUUAAAAAUUUUAUUAUUUACAAUAUCGAUAAAAUUCAUUACCAAUGAGUGACUCAAAAGAUGGAAAUGUAUCCAAAAACAACGAUACCACCGCACCAAAGUCCAACACCCAAUCGAAAAAGAAAGAACGCCGACAAAAAGUGAAGAAUCAUGAAUUGAACGCAGAACAAACCUCAAUCGAGGAUAUCGAAAAGGCAACCGAACAAAUUCUCGAAGCUGGUGGUUCAGCAAGUGCAGCCACCGACCUAAUUGACGAUGCAAAAUUAAAAAGCCUAUUGGAUGAAGCAUACAAAUAUAAAUCGAAUCCAAGUAUGUUGCCAUCAUUAUUGCGUGAUGCAGCAAAAACGCCUCAAGAGGCAAUGCAUAAAUCGUUUAAAUUCUGGUCAACGCAACCGGUACCCAAAUUCGACGAGGUGGUUGAACGAAAUGAACCCAUCGAAGCGAAUAAAGAAGUUUCGGACAUUCGUGCCGAUCCAUAUGCAUUGCCCGAUGGCUUCAAAUGGGAAACAAUGAAACUUGACGAUCCAUUGGUGUUGGCCGAACUUUAUACGUUGUUGAAUGAAAACUAUGUGGAAGAUGAUGAUGCAAUGUUUCGCUUUGACUAUCAACCGGAAUUCUUGAAAUGGGCACUUCAACCGCCAGGCUGGCGACCAGAUUGGCAUGUUGGUGUUCGUGUCGUUAAAUCCGGUUUGCUUGUUGGUUUUAUCUCCGCAAUUCCCGGUCAUAUUCGUAUCUAUGAUAAAAUGGAGAAAAUUGUCGAAAUCAAUUUCUUAUGUGUUCAUAAAAAACUUCGAUCGAAACGUGUUGCGCCGGUAUUGAUUCGUGAAAUUACUCGACGCGUCAAUUUAACUGGAAUUUUUCAGGCUGUUUACACUGCCGGCGUUGUUUUACCCAAACCAAUCGCCACUUGUCGCUAUUGGCAUCGAUCGCUGAACCCAAAGAAAUUGAUUCAGAUAAAAUUUUCAAGUUUAUCGCGUAACAUGACAAUGCAACGUACGAUCAAAUUGUACAAAUUAUCGGACGCUCCAGUAACACCUGGUUUUCGUCAAAUGACGAAAAAAGACGUACCACAAGCAUUUAAAUUGCUUGAAAACUAUUUGAAAGGUUUCAAAUUGACGCCAAUCUUUUCAGAAGAUGAAUUUAAGCAUUGGUUUUUACCAAAAAGUGGCAUUAUUUCGGCAUAUGUGGUUGCCGAUCCGAAGACCGGUACAAUCACCGAUUUGGUUAGCUAUUAUGCAUUGCCAUCGACUGUGAUGCAUCAUCCGACGCAUAAAAUCAUUCGGGCCGCAUACUCAUUCUACAAUGUAUCGACGAAAACACCAUGGUGCGAUCUGAUGAAUGAUGCAUUGAUCGCCGCAAAGGCAGACGAUUUUGAUGUGUUCAAUGCACUGGAUGUUAUGGACAAUACGAAAUUUUUGCGCGAACUCAAAUUUGGUAUUGGUGAUGGAAAUUUACAAUAUUAUUUGUUCAAUUGGCGGUGUCCAAAUAUGAAACCGGAAGAAAUGGGUCUAAUUUUACUUUAAAUGAAUUAUAAAACAAUUGUAUGUGGCUUUAUUUAUAAGGGUGUAACAUAAAGUAAGCCGAAAUAUACACUUCUCUUUUCUCACACACAAACAAAGAAAACAAA